AUUUACCUAACCGGCAUCAGUCUUCUCUCACACUCUGCAGUGCCACAAUGGUGACAGGCAAGUGUUUUCUCGUUUUGGCUCUGGCCUCAGUCGCGUUGGCGAAAGUUGUAGAUAUGGGAACUUGUGAACAACAAGUUGCUGCGCUCGAGGAGCAGAUGAUCGAGAACCAAAAACUCAGGAUUGAACUUUUAGACAAAAUAGAAAAACUUUACGAUGAAUUGGAAAUGAACGAGGAUGGAGAGGAUAAAGUGAUAAGAAAGAAGAGAAGUUACUACCUUGCCGGACCACCAGGACCCGUAGGACAUCCAGGUGAACCAGGUCUCCCUGGUCAAGACGGACUUCCAGGACCACCAGGUGUCCAAGGCGAAGGUGGAGAUAAAGGUGAUGUUGGACCAAGAGGACCCGUCGGACCACAAGGUCUUCAAGGUGAACAAGGACCCGUCGGACCAGCUGGACCACAAGGUGAACGCGGAGAGUUUGGAGCUCCUGGAUUCCCAGGCGAGAAAGGAGAUCAAGGACCCCAAGGACCCCCAGGCGUACCAGGGCUUGAUGGACCUCAAGGACCAAAGGGAGACCAGGGAAUGUUUGGCCCUCCAGGCCUUCCAGGACUUAAGGGAGAUCAAGGCGAGCCAGGAGCACAGGGACCAUCAGGUGAACAGGGACUUCCAGGAGAGCCAGGAGAACAAGGUGCACCCGGAGUUCCAGGUCAACGCGGACCUCAAGGUCACCCUGGUGCACAAGGCCCAUAUGGAGCACCAGGACUUCCAGGAGCUAAGGGAGAUCGUGGAUUCGCUGGCCGCCCAGGAAGCCCAGGACCACAAGGUUAUCCAUACGUUGCUGCUGCUGUUGCUGCACCAAUGCAGGCAAAAAGUAUAAAAGGUUCCGAGUUCGUUCAUCGUCAGAAGCGUCACGUGAUGUUUCAGCCUGGUCCUGGAAUGAAGAUGAAUGCCCCACCCCUCCUUGCCGGCAAGAUUAUACCCACGAACGAGGUACCAGCAGGACCACCAGGACCUAAAGGUCCACCAGGUCAACCCGGACAACCCGGCCGUGAAGGACCACGUGGUAUGCGAGGUGACAAGGGUCAAAAGGGUUCUGAAGGAACGCGCGGUCCACCAGGUCCUUAUGGCUUUCCAGGAAUAGAUGGUCCCCCAGGAAACCAUGGUCCAAAUGGCCUCAAAGGAGAAAUGGGUUUUACAGGAUUCCCGGGUAUCCGAGGAGACUGGGGAGAUGAAGGUCUGCAAGGUCCUGAUGGACAAGAUGGAGUUGUCGGACCAAAAGGCUAUUUUGGACAUCCAGGGUUUAUGGGCGCAUUUGGAUACUCAGGUCAAAAGGGUUAUAAAGGUUUUACCGGAAUAACAGGACAAAAAGGUAUACAAGGUAUUGAAGGAGCAUAUGGAAUACGAGGAAAACCAGGAUCACCAGGGCCAAAGGGAUACGAAGGGCCAGUUGGACAGAGGGGUGGUGAUGGAAUUUCAGGUUCAAAGGGUACACGAGGUGACCAAGGCCCUCCUGGACAAAAUGGUCUUCGUGGAACCUCCGGCGUUGCAUACCCUGCAUAUUACGCACAUGCUUUGGGUGGAUACCCAAUGAAUGCUGCCGCGCCAAGAUAUGCUUACCAUCCGGCUGGAAGCGUUUCAAAAACCGGACCACCAGUACUCAUGAGCGCACCAAGUAAAUACGGUGCGGUCUACCAAGCAGCUCCAAUACAAUCAAAAUAUGCUGCACGUGCAAUGGCAAUUCAACAAGGAUAUCAAAAGCAAGGAUAAAAAAUACAUCUCAGACAAUAUAAAAAAAAAUCAGUACAUGGCACAACUUACUAAUAUUUAUUUAACAUCUUGUAAAAAUUAUAGAGUAAACUUUCUACAUUGAGAGCGCAUCAUCGCUUGAACAGUUGAAUAUUAUUUUACCUUCAAUUUUUUUCAAAACAAAAGAAAACGUUUCGAACAAUACUUCUAUCAGAAUAUUUGUUACAUCAUAUUCUGCUAUUUAUAACACCAUUUUAUGCAAAAGACGAACAUUUCAUCUAAGAAUUUGUUUAGUCCUUUUUUGUUAUUUUAUUGCAUGUUAAAAAAGAUACCUGCAAAAAUAGACUAAAGUUAACAUUUUGUUUUAAGCAAUUUUCUCUGAUACAAAGUAAAGCAACAUCAUGCCUCAUUACUUGAAACAUCAUUUUACAUGUAAAAAAGAAAAGAAUAAGUAAAUAAAAAAAAAGAAAAACAAAAAACGUUUUCUGUGUUGCUUUUUGAUGUAAUAAUGUUUUAUACAACAAUGUAUUUGUUAAAGAUUAAAGGGAAUUAUCAUUA